AUGGCUCUUGAAAACAAUCAACUGCAGAAAGUCUGGCGUGAUUUAGCAACAAAGUAUCCUGAAGUAGUUUUGUGUGUGGAAAAAAUGCGUUUUGGUGAAAAAGCAAGACAAAAAAUGUCAAAAAAUUCAAAACAAGAUCAAAAAUCCACCCUCACCCGUGCAGUGUGUGCCUUGCUGAACUCUGGAGGAGGUGUUGUAAAAGCAGAGAUUGAAAAUGAAAACUACAACUUAGAGAGAGAUAAGAUCGGAUCAGAUUUAGAAGAGAAUUUUCGGUCUCUUCUUUUGUUUCCAGACUGGAGAAAAUACCUGGACUUUGAACAGCAAGGUAAUUACCUUUUGAUUUUUAUUAAAACCUGGAGCAGUGAAAACACAUCCUUAAUCUCUACAGGAGCAAAGCCACGUAUCUGUAGCCUGAGUACUGCGUUGUAUGCAAAAAAUGGUGCUUCUCUUUCCCACAUGAACGCUACCGAAGCUUUUUCAUUCCUUAAAGGAAAGCAAGAUGAAGCCAGGAGAGAGCUUAGCCCAGGACCACCUGCUAAAACCAGGAAGAAUGGCGAAGUUGGAAGAGGCACGGAUAUUAUAAAUAAUGCUGUUGCUGAGUUGUUUAAUAGGGACCAACUGCAGCACGGAGAGACAUUGACUUUCACAGAGUCAGAAAAUGUGGAAUUUAAGCACUAUGCAACUGGAAACUUUUUGACUCGUGUCAAAGAGAUGUUACCUCAGUAUAUCGCUGGAUUUGCAAACACACGCGGUGGGUAUUUAUGGAUCGGUGUGGAUGAUGACAGCAGAGUGCAGGGAUUCAGCAUUGAUGAGGACCUUGAAGAAUUAAGUCUCACAAUCAAUUCCAUUCAAACCAAAUUGCCUCUCUUCCAUUUCUGCAAGAGCGGAAACGGACACAGCAUAACAUGCGAACACAAAAUCUUCAAAGUAUACCACAAGGCUGGAGAUCACUGUGGCUACGUCUGCGCUGUGAAGAUUCAGCCAUUUACUUGUGUCACGUUUUCCGAACACCCGGACUCGUGGCUAGUGGCAGACUGCGCCAUCAGGAGACUGAGAGCGGAUGAGUGGGCUGAAUGGAUGACCGAUGCUGAUCCAGAUCUUUCAAAGUUUUCUGAGACCUUUAGGCUAGAGCUGAGUCUGACAGAGGGGCCACCUCUUGCCAAGCCAGUUUAUUCACACCGGGGCCUUGACAACAUUGAUGAUCUUUGUAAGCAACUGUUUCCAGUGAAAUUGCACAGCAUAAUAUAUACUCCAGAAAAACUCAGUGAAGAUCUCCUCCAAGAGCAUCCAGGGUUGGAUAUUUUAAUAAAAAAUCAAUUGAAGCAGCUUUCUGAGGGAGUCCUGAUAUUUUCCAGAAGCUGGGCUGUUGAGGUUGGCUUGUCAGCAAACCAAGGCAUAAUUUGUGAUAUUCUGCUAAUAGCCAAGGAUAGGCCACCUAUCCUCUAUACAGUCUGUGAGCAUCACAUCUCAAAGGAUUUGGUUGAAUACUCAAGAUGCGUAGCCUGGAGGCUGAAGGAGAAAUUAGUCAACACUGGGGGCUAUAUUCACAAAUUGUGUGUAAUACCAAAGCUACUGACUUUGUCUCCCAAAAUUAACUGUGGAAAAGAAUAUGAUCUGAAUAUUCAAGAAACAUAUCCCCAAAACUACAGCCUGAUCAACAGUCAUAACUUGAAGGCCCUCUUGAACGCUCUCACAGUAGCUCUGCUGACUUUCAAGUCCUUUUUAAGUGACUAUGUUGGUUUUGAGUUUUUGAACCUCCUAACCAUCAAACAAUACCAGCUGCUCUCAGAAAAUCUUCACAAAACUAAGAAGCUGUAUGUUUAUGGUCUGCCAGGAACAGGAAAAACUAUAGUGGCCCUGAAGAUCAUAGAGAAAAUAAGAAUUAUGCUGCAGUGCAAACAAGAGGAGAUUCUUUAUGUAUGUGAGAACCAGCCUCUGAGAGAUUUUGUACGGCAGAAAAACAUUUGCCAAGCCGUGACAAGAGUAGCCUUUUUGAAGACAAGCUUUGACAAUGUGAAGCACGUAAUAAUUGAUGAAGCACAGAAUUUCCAAGAUGGGAAAGGUGAUUGGUAUAACAAAGCCUUGACUCUGACUUCAUCAUCACAUCUCCCUGAGCCUGGCUUUUUCUGGAUUUUCUUAGACUACUUACAGACAAGUCACUGCUUCUCAACUGGUCUUCCAGAGGCAACAUGGCAUGAUCCUGUCGAGUCACUAACCAAAGUGGUUCGUAAUCCUAACAGUAUCUAUAGCUAUCUAAAAGAAGAGAUGGAAAAGAUUGUGAAGUACUCUUACCUAAAUAUUCCCAGUCGACAUUUGGAAACCUUAUUAUGCAGAGCCACAUGUGCUCAUGCUGUGCAAGGCUGUACCGAAAUAGUAAGCAACCUGGACAGAAAUGGAAUAGCAAGAAAGAAAUUCUAG